GAUGAUCUAUCAAGGUGCAGAAACCUCACAGUCCUGUACCUAUAUGACAACCAAAUAUCACAAAUCUGCAACUUGGGGUUCGCCUCAAACCUUACACACUUAUACAUGCAAAAUAACAAUAUAUCUUGCAUAGAGAACCUCUCUUUUCUGGAUAAGCUCUCCAAACUGUUCUUGGGAGGAAACAGCAUCACUGUGGUGGAGGGAUUAGAUGAGCUGAAAAGCCUGAAGGAGCUGCAUGUGGAAGGUCAGAAACUACCCCGUGGAGAAAAACUGGUCUUUGACCCCCGUUCCAUAUCUAGCCUCUCUGAAACUCUGUGCAUUUUAAAUAUCAGCAAAAAUAACAUUGAUGAAAUAUGGGACUUGGCCCCUCUCAGAAAACUGACCCAUCUUUAUGCUACCGAUAACCAGCUACAGGACUUAGAAGAUCUUGAUGGAAAACAAAUAAAUGAGCUGUCUAGGCAGUUUCUAAUCAACUGGAAAGCUUCAAAAGACGCAAAGAAGAAACUAGAUGAUGGAAAAGACAUCAAAGAACGAAUCGCAAAUCCACUUACAACUGAUUUUCGCGUGGGCCCCCAACAUCCCUUUGCCCAUGAACGCAGCAGCUCUCUGAGUAAGCCGUCAGAAUAUGGGAAGCCCGGCGUUACAUUUCGAGUACAUGGAGACAGCAGAGGAAAAAG